CAGGUGUACUGCCCAUCAUGACAAUCACAUUGAAACCAUCCAAUCCGUAACAAUCAUCAUGCCUACCCUUCCAACUCGUCCCCUGGGAAAGAACGGCCCUCAAGUCCCCCGACUCGGCUUCGGGUUGAUGGGUCUGAGUUCCUUCUACGGCACCGCCAGACCCGAUCCUGAGCGGCUCGCCCUGCUCGAUGCUGCAUACGAACUCGGUGAAACAUUCUGGGAUAGCGCCGACAUAUACGGCGACAGCGAGGACCUCCUCGGCAAAUGGUUCAAAGCCAAUCCCUCCAAACGAGACAACAUCUUUCUCGCAACCAAAUUCGCCAACCGCUGGGGACCAAACGGACAACGCUCCGUCGACUCUUCACCCGAAUACGCCCGCGAAGCAUGCGAUCGCUCCCUCGCCCGACUGGACCCCAUCGAAAAGACCGUCGAAGCAAUGGCGCAGCUCAAGGCAGAAGGCAAAAUCAAAUACCUCGGUCUAAGCGAGUGUAGUGCAGACUCCCUGCGGCGCGCGCACAAAGUCCACCCCAUCACCGCCGUGCAGAUGGAAUACUCGCCCUUUGCGCUGGAGAUCGAGAGCCCGCAGUACCGACUGCUCGAGACGGCGCGCGAGCUCGGCGUGGCGGUCGUGGCGUACUCGCCGCUGAGUCGGGGUUUUUUGACUGGGGCGAUUACCUCGGCGGAUGAUUUUGAGGAGGGUGAUUUCCGCAGGCUGUCGCCGCGGUUUAGCAAGGAGAACUUCCCGAAGAACCUGGCGCUGGUGGAGAGGCUGAAGGCCGUUGCCGCGAAGAAGGGGGUUGCGCCGUCGCAGUUGACGUUGGCUUGGUUGAUGGCGCAGGGGGAUGAUAUCUUUCCUAUUCCGGGGACGACCAAGCUCGAGCGGUUGAAGGAGAAUCUGGGCAGCUUGAGCGUUGAGUUGUCGGCCGAGGAAGAGAAGGAGGUCCGAUCGGCUUGCAAUGCGGCAGAUGUUGCUGGUGGUCGGUAUCCUGAGGCCUUUUCGGCGUCGUGUUUUGCAGACACCCCCGCUCUAUAAAUAAUGUCACUAUAUCUACAUGGAUAAAUGGAGCUAACCCACGCGUUGCAAUUUCAGUAUAACUAUAUAUAUAAACGUUAAGCACAG